CGUCCCCGAGAGGUUCAGGCUCAGUUAGCUCCAUUCAGAAUCACAUCCAUCCAAGGACCCAGGUCUAGCUCCCAACUCGAUCGAUCGAUCGAUCGAUCGGUGCACGUACGAUCCAUCAUCAGAUUACUAUUAGUUUAGUCGUCCUGUCCUAUAUAUAUAUAUGGAUCACCAUCAGACGAUGAUGACGACGACGACGAUGUCGGCGGCGUCUCAGCUGCCGCCGGGGUUCCGGUUCCACCCGACGGACGACGAGCUCAUCCUGCACUACCUCCGCAACCGCGCCGCGUCCGCGCCGUGCCCCGUGCCCAUCAUCGCCGACGUCGACAUCUACAAGUUCAACCCAUGGGACCUCCCCGCCAAGGCGCUGUACGGCGACGGCGAGUACUACUUCUUCAGCCCGCGGGACCGCAAGUACCCCAACGGCAUCCGCCCCAACCGCGCCGCCGGGUCCGGCUACUGGAAGGCCACCGGCACCGACAAGCCCAUCCACGACGCCGCCACCGGCGAUGCCGUCGGCGUCAAGAAGGCGCUCGUCUUCUACAAGGGCCGCCCGCCCAGAGGCUCCAAGACCAACUGGAUCAUGCACGAGUACCGCCUCGCCGCCGCCAACGGCUCCACCAGCCCCCUCGCCGCCGCCUACCGCCCGCCGUCCAAGUUCAGGAACGUCUCCAUGAGGCUGGACGACUGGGUGCUGUGCCGGAUCUACAAGAAGUCCAGCCAGGCGUCGCCGAUGGUGCCGCCGCUCGCCGACUACGAGCACCUGGACCACGACGAGCCUUCUCCCGGCGGCACCUCCUUCGACGACUUCUGCACCAGCUUCUACGCCGCGCCGGCCGUCGGCGACAUCGGUGCUGCUGCUGCUAGUAGUACUACGACUACUACUACUACUACGCCCGUCAUGCACCCCCACCACCACCACCAGCCGGCGGCGGCGGCGCUGCCGAGGCUCCCCAAGAUACCCUCCAUCUCCGACCUGUUGUUGGACGAGUACACGAUCGCGCAGAUCUUGGACGCCCCGACCGAUAUAGCCGACCACCACGCCCCGCUCGCCGUCCACCCCUCCCUCAACCAGCUCCUGGCCGUCGGCGGCGCCGACGCCUCCGACCUCACGAUCUACUCGACGCCGCCCCCGGCCGCCGCGGCUGGCGGGAAGCGCAAGGCGAUGAUGAUGAGCCCGGACGAGUACGCCGCCGGGAUGAUGAUCACCACAGCUGCUGGCCUCCACCAUCACUCGCCGCCGCCCAAGAGGCUCAACGGCGGCUUGCCGGCCACGACGUCGCCCGUGCUCGGCGGCGGCCUCAACCAUCACAUGCUUCCUCAGUUCUAGAUACACCUUUUCUACUAGUAGCUGACUUUGUUGGGGGCAUGCAUAUAUCUUCCAUGCAUACGACGCCAUCAACUGAUAUGCAUGAUGGAUCGUCUAAGGAAUUGCUAGCAACCUGCGGCGACAUGGAAAACAAGGGGAUUGAGCUCGUUGGUUAUUGGAUGGGAUUAAUUGGAGGCCAUUAAUAAGAUGGGUCGUACGGUGAAGAACAAUUGUAGAAGUAGCAGCACUACCGAUUGUACUGGAACCAGUAUUGAACAUUAGGCGUAUGGUAUAUGUAUCCCAUUUUUUCUCCUAUGUAGAGUACUGUACUCUGUACUCUAUAUUCAUUUCAGGCACAGUGCAAAGGUAGCUGGAGCUUGAUGGAUCCAUGUACUAGUACGCUACUUUUAUUUAGUCAAGAGUAUAUUGUCUUUGCUAGAUCGAUCAAUAAUACUACAAUGAUCAUUUUAAUU